UCAGAGCUGGUUACGACAAACCUUGAUGCCUGGUGCUGGUCAAGGCAUGCUCCAGAUUCGUCUUUGAGCCUUGGAGACUGGAAUUCUCGAGCUUCCCAAUGAGCUUGUCGCGUUACGCGUGACUCUCAGCCGCCAUGGAAGAUGUUGCGGUAGGAAUUAUUGGUAUGGGUGAUAUGGGGCGGAUGUAUGCGAGGAGGUUUUGUCAGGCUGGAUGGAGAGUCAAUGCUUGCGACCGACCAGACAAAUUUCAGACACUCCAAAAGGAGUUCGAAAAUGAGACUGGAAUAAAUAUCUUGCCCAAUGGACAUCUCGUUUCCCGAGCCAGCCACUGGAUCAUAUACAGCGUCGAGGCCGAGAUCAUCGACAAGGUGGUCGCCGAGUAUGGCCCAUCCACCAAGGUUGGUGCCAUAGUCGGUGGUCAGACAUCGUGUAAAGCUCCCGAAUUGGCCGCCUUUGAGAAGUAUCUGCCUAGCGAUGUUGAAAUUGUGUCUUGCCAUUCUCUCCACGGACCUGCUGUAGAUCCUACAGGUCAGCCACUUGUCGUCAUCCAACAUCGAGCCUCACAGGAGAGUGUCGAUCUGUGUGUCCGCAUCCUCUCUUGUCUCAAGUCAAAGAUGGUUUUCCUUACCGGAGAGAAGCACGACCGGAUCACGGCGGAUACCCAGGCCGUUACCCAUGCCGCAUUCUUGAGCAUGGGAACUGCAUGGGCAGCGAACCAACAAUUCCCAUGGGAAAUUGACCGGUACGUGGGUGGCAUAGAGAAUGUGAAAAUCAACAUCACCCUGCGCAUCUACGCCAACAAAUGGCAUGUCUAUGCUGGUCUCGCCAUCCUCAAUCCUGCAGCCAAGGAGCAGAUUCGACAAUAUGCUCAAUCGGUCACGGAGUUAUACAAACUUAUGCUUGGUGGUCAUCGUGAGGAGCUUACCAAGAGAAUCAAGACCGCCGGUGCCGCAGUCUUCACUUCGGAUGCCACCGACCAAGACCUUCUACUCGGGGAUGAAGUGCUGGAUAAAUUCUCCUUGUCAAGACUGCCAAAGGAGAGAACGCCCAACAAUCACCUCAGCCUAUUGGCUAUUGUUGACUGCUGGUGGAAGCUCGGGAUUGUACCCUACGACCAUAUGAUUUGCUCCACACCUCUUUUCCGCAUAUGGCUGGGCGUCACCGAAUAUCUUUUUCGACAUGAGACCUUACUUGAUGAAGUCAUCAACACGGCGAUAGAAGAUCAUAGCUUCCGGUCGGAUGAUCUCGAAUUCACCUUUGCCGCCAGGGCAUGGUCCGAAUGUGUAUCAUUUGGCGCAUUCGAGGCAUACCGGAGUCGUUUCGAAAGUAUACAGCAAUACUUUGCGCCGAGAUUUCCUGACGCCGUCAGACUUGGCAACGAGAUGAUCAAAGAAAUCAUGACGAAGACCAAGAAGUGAUGGUCAUUAUGAGUCUCAAGGUGGCCGCGUCGACAUGCACAAAAUGUUGCAUGUCUUCUCGAGAGGCUCGUAUUCCAAACGACCCGGUGAGUCUUGGGGCUGACGAAGCCCACGACUGCCACCAGGAUCGCGUGUUACGA